AUGGCUGAUGAGGAAUAUGAGGCUGAGGACGCAGGGGCAGACUAUGAUGAUAUUGCCGAAGAAGAUGAUAAUAUUGAGGAGACUGAAGAACAGGAAGAAGAUGGUUAUAAUGUUCAAUGUCUUGCACCAGGCCAGGCAGGAGGUGGAGUCGAAAAAUCAAAGCGUAUUACUACCAGAUAUAUGACUAAAUAUGAACGUGCCAGAGUUUUAGGAACAAGGGCAUUGCAAAUAGCUAUGUGCGCACCAGUAAUGGUUGAACUGGAAGGAGAAACUGAUCCUCUUCAAAUAGCAAUGAAAGAAUUGAAACAAAGGAAGAUUCCAAUCAUUAUUCGAAGAUAUUUACCGGAUCAUUCCUAUGAAGAUUGGAGUAUUGAUGAACUCAUUAUAAUAGAUCAU